AAAACACAUCUACCUUUUCAUCGACCUGCGGUUCCUUCUCCAGAAAAUACAUCUUCCUUUCCAUCGACCUGCAGUUCUUUCUCUUCGUCUUCUGAGCAAUUCGAUGUCGUUCGCUUCUGGGAUUCAUGGUCAGCUGCUUGAAGUCACUGUUGUUGGGUGUACGAAACUGAAAGAUACCGAAUGGAUUUCAAGGCAGGAUCCUUACGUUUGUGUUGAGUAUGGUAGCAACAAGUCCCGGACAAGAACUUGCACAGAUGGCGGCAAGAACCCCACGUUUCAAGAGAAGUUUGUGUACACGCUUAUUGAGGGACUCAGGGAAUUGAAUGUCGUAGUUUGGAACAGCAAUACAUUGACGUUUGACGAUUUCAUCGGCAGUGGGAAAAUUCAAUUGCAUAAGGUUCUAUCAGAGGGCUACGAUGACACAACUUGGCCACUUCAAACGAAAACCGGCAGGCAUGCUGGGGAAGUCCGACUCAUAAUGCACUAUGCCAAUGCUAAUAAACCAGCCACAAGUUACGCUCAUUCGGCACCUUCAUACGGAACACAUGGUCCCCACAUCUCAAUGUACUCAGCACCACCACCAUCAGCAUAUGCACCACCUCCAGCACCUGCUACCAUGGCAGGUUAUGGCCCUCCCGCAGCUGCUGCAGGUUAUGGCCGACCUCAACCUGCAACCACGUUAGCAUAUGGAGCAAUGAGUACAGCCUCUCCAUAUGCUAAUGCUCCCCCAACAGCACCCUAUCCAUCACAUCCUUACUCCUCGUAUCAUCAGCCUUCAGCGUAUCCUCCAUCUCCUUACCCUUCUAUGCCAACUUCUUAUCCUCCGCCAUCUUCAGCUUAUCCUCCUCCACCAUCAGCCUAUCCUCCACCUCCACAAGGCUCGCCUUAUCCUCCAGGCCCUCCUGGAUAUUAUCCUCCUCCGCCAUAUUAGGGGUGAAGAAGUUGGGUCUGCCCGGCUGCCCAAAGCGAAAUGUAAAAUCGAACUUGAAUCCUCAGUACAUAGAACUAGGAGCUUUAGCUGUGAGGACUGUUGUCAUGAAUAUUUGUUGGUUGUAUUGUUUUGGUAAAACAAUUGACAUCAAAUUCUGGAGAAGGGCUUUGCAGAUAUUUUCACCCUCUUUUCUUCUCUGAUAUUCAAUGUUGAUGUCAAUCAAAUUCUUUGUUCUGUUGAG